UAUUUAUGCCGUGCAGACAUUUAUUGGCGUGUGCGGAGUGUGCGAAAAAUAUGAAAAUAUGCGGCAUAUGUCGUUCACAAGGGCAUCCUUACAAACAGUAAGAUCAUGACUGAAUGCGUCGAACACGCGAUUCUUCAAAGUCGUUUGCCCUGUCCAUUAAGGUCUCGUUUAUUUUUCGACGAAACAUAUGAAGAUUAUCGAUUUGAGUUCAUUCGGUUAAGAAGUUUCAAAAAUUGGCCAUGGAUAAGCGGUUUAUGGAUAAAGCCAGAGAAACUCGCGGCGGCUGGGUUUUAUUAUACUGGAGAGAGCGACAAGGUGAAAUGUUUCGAAUGUCCAAUAGAAAUAUAUGGCAAAUGGCAGGUGGAUGACAAUCCGAUGGCCUAUCAUCAACGAUGGUCUCGGAGGUGUCUGUUUAGUCAUAAUAUUCCGUGCGACAACGUGCCGAUCGGUACAGAUCCGGCAUCUGUGCCUGGCGUAAAUGUAAUUGAAAGUGGAAUAUUUAACGAGGCUUUCUCUGAAGGAUUAGUGAUUUGUAAAUUGAGAGGCAUGGCCUCAAGACCGAAGCGUCCCAAAAGUGUCAGUUGGGAGGCGACAAUAGCGAUAGCGAUGGCCUUAAGACCGCAGCAUCCCGAAUAUGCCAGUUAUGCUGUGAGAUUAGCCUCGUUCGACAGAUGGCCUGAAGCAAUGUCGCAAACUAAAAAGACACUAGCAACUGCCGGUUUCUAUUGCACGGAAAGUGGCUAUCAAAUGUGCUGUCACUGUGGAGGAUUAACACUUUGGACGCCAGAAAAUGAUCCUUGGGAAUAUCACGCUAACUUAGAUUGUCCUUAUAUGUAUUUAAUUAAAGGGACGGAAUUUCUAAUCAGCAUUUCUGGGAGGGAUAUACGAGCAGAAAACAUAUUAUCUGAAAUUAAUAAAUUGAACGAGAAAAUUGAGAAAAAUAUCGAUGCUGAGAGUAUUGCUAGCGGAAGCUCUCAAAACUCGAUCUAUUCUGAAGAAACUAAUACCGCAGAAGUAAGUGCCGCAUCAGGAGAAGCUAGCAGCGAACAACAAUCUGUCCAAGGUGACAAGCGAUGCGACAUGGAACCAUGCAAAAUUUGCUACAGUAGAGAAGUACGGAUCUUAUUCAUGCUGUGCGGAUAUUUAUUGGCGUGUGCGGAGUGUGCG